GGAGUUAAGGGUGUCUUUUGAGGCUCGGUCCGCGCGACGCUGCGCUGGUUGGCGCUCCUGCGUCCGAAGAGUUCCGCGUUUCGGGCUGGUGACUGGGUCCAGAAUGGCUUCGGACUCGGGGAACCAGGGGACCCUCUGCACGUUGGAGUUCGCGGUGCAGAUGACCUGUCAGAGCUGUGUGGACGCGGUGCGCAAGUCCCUGCAAGGGGUAGCAGGUGUCCAGGAUGUGGAGGUGCACUUGGAGAAUCAGAUGGUCUUGGUACACACCACUCUGCCCAGCCAGGAGGUGCAGGCUCUCCUGGAAGGCACGGGGCGGCAGGCAGUACUCAAGGGCAUGGGCAGUGAUCAGUUGCAGAAUCUGGGGGCAGCAGUGGCCAUCCUGGGGGGGCCUGGCACCGUGCAGGGGGUGGUGCGCUUCCUACAGCUGAGCCCUGAGCGCUGCCUCAUCGAGGGAACUAUUGAUGGCCUGGAGCCUGGGCUGCAUGGACUCCAUGUCCAUCAGUAUGGGGACCUCACAAACAACUGCAACAGCUGUGGGGACCACUUUAACCCUGAUGGAGCAUCUCAUGGGGCCCCCCAGGACUCUGACCGGCACCGCGGAGACCUGGGCAAUGUCCAUGCUGAUGCUGACGGCUGCGCCAUCUUCAGAAUGGAGGAUGAGAAGCUGAAGGUGUGGGAUGUGAUUGGCCGCAGCCUGAUUAUUGAUGAGGGAGAAGAUGACCUGGGCCGGGGAGGCCAUCCCUUAUCCAAGAUUACAGGGAACUCUGGGCAGAGGUUGGCCUGCGGCAUCAUCGCACGCUCCGCUGGCCUCUUCCAGAACCCCAAGCAGAUCUGCUCUUGCGAUGGCCUCACUAUCUGGGAGGAGCGAGGCCGGCCCAUCGCUGGCAAGGGCCGAAAGGAGUCAGCCCAGCCCCCUGCCCACCUUUGAGCAGGACCUCACCUUGGCUCUGUUGCUGUCCUCCAGGGCGAGCACUUUCCUCUUCCAGAGGGGGCCAGAGGGACCUUGCCUGCCCAGUCUUUGGAGAGCUCAGUACAGGGCAGGAGCUGCUGCGGUGUUCCCUUGGCAAAUGAGUUUUAUUUUCAUUUGGGA